AAAACCACGUGGUUUAAUGGUCGGGGUCAUGCUAACUCUUCAUUUCAACACGCAUUAUCUCCCUUCUACCAAUUAGAAACACAAGGUUUCCAUACACAAUUGUGUGCAAGACUGUCUGUCAUCCUGAAAUAGACAUUUCUGUUUGGGAAGUUGUACAGCGCUAGUCGAACCAGCGACAUGACUACCACUGCCAGGGAUAAGUUCAGCUACAAGGUUGAAUUGCAUAUUCACUUAGAUGGAGCUAUCAGAUCAGAGACCGUUUUGGACAUUUCAAAAACUAAAGACCGACCGAUAAUUUCAACGGACGAGGAUGGGAAACAGACCAUAAUCACCGACCAGGAGACUCUGGACAAAGAAAUAGUCAUCAAAACGCCGUGUAGCCUGAAAGCAUUCUUGCAUACCUUCAAUGUGUUUAUGCCUAUAAUAGCUGGCGAUAGGGAUGCCGUGUUCAGAAUUGCAUACGAGUUCUGUGAAGAUUGUGCGAAUUCUGGUAUACGGUACGUCGAGGUGAGAUAUAACCCCCAUCUGUUAUCCAACUCCCUGGAAAAGCCAGACUACGCUCUGACACGCGGAGACUUCUCUCCCAGAGACGUGGUAGCAACGGUCUGUGACGCUUUGGAAAAAGGAAGUAUCGAUUUCAACCUGACAGUAAACUCAAUACUGUGCUGUAUGACGCAUAAACCAGAAUGGUCGGCAGAGAUUGUGGAUCUGUGUAAAGAGUUCAAGCACAGGGGAGUCGUAGCCAUAGACAGUGCUGGACAGGACUUUAUACCAGGCAAGGACCCUCAACUAUGUAGCCACAAAAUAGCAUUUAAGAAAGCGUACGAUAAUGGAAUCCACAGGACCGUCCAUGCAGGAGAGAACGGGCCGUCAGAGGGAGUCAGGGAGGCUUUAGACCAUAUGUACGCUGAGAGAAUCGGACAUGGCUACCACGUCACAGACGACCCGGACCUCUACAACCGAUGUAAGAAAGACUGUGUCCAUUUUGAAAUUUGUCCAGCAUCCAGUAUAAUAACAGGCGCAUGCCCAGUAGACAUUCAGAAACAUCCACUCAUCAGGUUCGCCAACGAGGGAUUGAAUUUCUCACUCAAUACGGACGAUCCUAUCAUUCUAGACAAUAUGCUUGCUGACGAUUACCUAAUGGCCGGCCAAAUGGGACUAAGCGACGAACAGAUUAUCAAAUCGAUAUUCAACGCAGCGAGAGCUUCAUUUGCGACGGUGGAACAGAGGAAGAAGCUGCUAGCAGAUUUAGUAGACGUGUAUGGUGAACACUAAGGAUCAGAGGAAGAAGCUGCCAGCAGUUUUAGUAGACGUGUAUGGUGAACAUUGAACCAUACCGACAAUAGUCAUUUUCUGCAUAAUUUCAGGUUCCGUAGAUAAUUUUUAUACUCUAUCUAAGUCCUUCGGAGGUAGUUUUUUUUACCAAUUAUUCUUCACUAUAUAUCUUUAUUAAGAUUGCACAAUCAUACCUAUUGAUCGAGACAUACCAGAUGGAAAUAUGAAUUAUAGUACUACUUGAAUUCUGCUUUACAAAAUCAUGUGAUCUCUAUAAACACCCACGCGUUAAGAAGAAUCCGUAUCUUUUAAUAUACUUAUACAUGUAGAUACAACAUAUGGUGGGUCGGCUACUGCACUUCGUCUAAGUCAUGUUGAUAACAUCACUUUCGUGUAAUGCCUGUGUAUGUCAACACGUGUGUUAUUUUAUGUACAUAUUCAGUAUUUUUCGAUAACUUUUUGUACUAUAAGUCACGCUGUGUUCAGGAUACUUUCGGGAUGUUUUUCCAGUGAUAUACUCGCAAUAUAUUUGAACAAAUCCAUUAUAUCACUUUCGUGUAUUUGUGUUUGAAGACGUUUCUCGUACGGCUUUUGGAUACACACGGUGUUUCGGGAUAUACAUCCCCAUGUGAUGGGCAUUGGUUUUCUUAUUCUUAAAGCUAGUAAUGUUUGUGUUUCUAUGUUAAGGACGCCUUACGUCUCAGCUAAUUUGUAUACGCAUUUAAUCGACCAAUGAAAGUAAUCCCUACACUAUAUGCCCAUUAAUAUCUUACGCUGUUCUGAUUGGUAAACUUAACACCAAUGACAGCGUGAUUAUAACUCAAUAAUAUUGUUUAACUAUGUUUGAUAUUAAGUAUCAUUUUUUUCCGAUAAGAUUCAAGAUUAUGUCUAAUAAGACAAGCACGUUUCUGACAGCUGUCGUAAGCUUUGUAGCCAUGAUUAUCUUUCUUUUUAUUUGUAAGAAUAUGUGUCACGGUAAAUUUACCUUUUAUGGAAAAUGCCAAUAAUCAUUGUUUUAUAUUGACAUCAGUGCCAUGAUAUUAUGUAUUUUCCCCAGCACUCGGGUAACCGACUGCGCUCUCCUUACCUGCCAUUAAAAUGUUAACCGGUGAAAUGAAGUGUAUUCUUAUUUUAAUGGUUUGAUUUUUGUACUAUCAAUAUGGCAUCAUAAGAACCACAGAUUUGUAACAGCUUGUUAUAGGUUUAUUUCGUGACAGUUUCCUAUCGUGAUAUAACCACAGCCGAUGUGACGUUAUGUGUCACGUUACCGACAUCCGUUACAUGGAAUUCUCCCUAAUCGGUAAUGUCAAAUCAUGAGUUUGGUAGAAUAGCUAGGCUAAAACUUGGUUAUGAAAUAAACAAAUAUCAGAUUCAUGGGAAUUUCUAAUGAUUUACUUGUAAAUGCUCUUUCGUGAGUUAAUUGUCAAAGUAUAUUCUACUCGCUGAAUCCGAUUAUAACAGAACUGCAUAAUAGUGAAAUAACUCUUUGUUUAUAUGGUAUCAUUACAAUUUAACAUUCGUGAGAUAUCCUCCACAGUGAUAAGAUCAAUACUUGUUUUGCCGUCGCGUGGUGUAUAAUAUGUAUAUAAAUUGAAGUUCUUUUGAGAUUUAUGCGUUUACACAAAAAACCUGACAUCAAAUGUGUUACAAUGUACAAGGCUGUUCCUUACCGCCGAUCUAUCAUGUUUGUUAAUUUUUCUUUCUCAUGUAAAUGUUCUAUUAGCUUAUUGAGCUGUUUUCUACAAAUAGUAUACCAUCUCAAUAAAAACAUAUAACGAAA